CGGGGAGCCCGAGGAGGCGCCGGCCGCCGGGAGCGGAGCGCUGGACCCCUCCGCGGGCGGGAGCGCGGGCCGGAGCCGCCGAGCUUCAUGCGGCUUGAUCUAGCUCAGCUGUCAGCACUUGAUUUUGCUGCAGUAUAUACUGCAUAAUCUCUGCAUUGCUGUAACCAGAUCUUGGUCAAGAGGCAGCUGCCAUUGAAAGAUAGCGAGUGCCUGUUUCCAGGACAGCGAGCACCAGGGGAGCCACCAGAGGUGUUAAAGGAAAGCUUAAACUACCUAAAUGGCAGGUUCUGUUUGACAUGCAUUAUCUCCCUUAGUCUUCACACUGACCCUAGGAGACUGAUAAUGGUCUCCGGCUGCCCAAGAAGGUUGUGGAUGCCAAGAGAAAGGUAACCAUUUCUCAUCUCCUCGAGUGGAACUGGAUGUCUCUAGGAGCCCGUGCCGGCUGGCAGUAGACAUGGCUGAGUUUACAAGCUACAAGGAGACCGCCUCCAGCCGCCACCUGCGGUUUAAGUUACAGAGUCUAAGCCGCCGCCUCGAUGAGCUGGAGGAAGCCACAAAAAACCUCCAGAAAGCAGAGGAUGAGCUCCUGGAUCUCCAGGACAAGGUGAUUCAGGCAGAAGGCAGCAACUCCAGCAUGUUGGCAGAGAUUGAAGUGCUGCGCCAGCGAGUGCUGAGAAUUGAAGGCAAAGAUGAGGAAAUUAAGAGAGCAGAGGACCUGUGUCAACUGAUGAAGGAGAAGCUGGAAGAGGAAGAAAACCUCACCCGGGAGCUGAAAUCUGAGAUCGAGCGGCUUCAGAAACGAAUGGCUGAACUGGAGAAGCUGGAGGAGGCCUUUGGCAGGAGUAAGAAUGACUGUACUCAACUGUGUCUGAGUCUGAAUGAGGAGAGAAACCUGACAAAGAAGAUCUCCUCUGAGCUGGAGAUGCUCAGGGUCAAAGUGAAAGAACUGGAAUCUUCUGAGGACCGCCUAGAUAAAACUGAACAGAGUUUAGUGUCAGAGUUAGAAAAGCUGAAGUCGUUAACUCUGAGCUUUGUAAGUGAGAGAAAAUACUUGAAUGAAAAGGAGAAAGAAAAUGAGAAACUGAUAAAAGAGCUCACUCAGAAACUGGAGCAGAACAAAAAAAUGAACCGAGAUUAUACAAGGAAUGCUUCUAAUCUUCUGGAAAGGAAUGACCUACGGAUUGAGGAUGGGAUCUCCUCCACACUGCCGUGCAAAGAAUCAAGAAGGAAGGGCACGCUGGACUAUCUAAAGCAGGUAGAGAAUGAAACAAGAAACAAAUCAGAAAAUGAAAAGAACCGAAAUCAGGAAGACAACAAAGUUAAAGAUCUUAACCAAGAGAUUGAGAAACUUAAGACACAAAUCAAACAUUUUGAAUUUUUGGAAGAGGAGCUUAAGAAAAUGAGGGCCAAAAAUAAUGAUCUUCAGGAUAAUUACCUAAGUGAACAAAAUAAAAACAAACUUCUAGCCAGCCAGCUGGAGGAGAUCAAGCUACAAAUCAAGAAGCAGAAAGAAUUAGAGAAUGGGGAGGUAGAAGGAGAUGAGGCUUUCCUGUCCAGCAAAGGGAGGCACGAGAGGACUAAGGUGAGAGGCCACGGGAGUGAGGCACCUGCAUCCAAACACACGCCCCGGGAACUGUCCCCUCUGCAUAAGCGGGAGAGGCAUCGCAACAGGGAGUUCGCUCUCAACAAUGAAAACUAUUCUCUGGGCAACAGGCAGGUUUCCUCUCCCAGUUUCACCAAUAGGAGGGCAGCCAAAGCUUCCAACAUAGGGGCAGUAGCGGACAGUGGGACUCAGGAGACAAGGAGAACUGAGGAUCGAUUUGCACCUGGCUCUUCUCAGAGUGAAGGGAAGAAGUCCAGGGAACAGCCAUCAGUGCUUAGCCGCUACCCGCCAGCUGCUCAGGAGCACAAUAAAGUUUGGAAGGGUACUCCCAAGCCAGGUACUGACAGUGGGUUGAAGGGAAAAGUGGAGAAGACCACACGAACAUUUAGUGACCAUAGCACCCAGGGAUCUGUUCCCAGUGACAUACUGGGUAGAGCUGACAAGGCUUCUGACACCUCCACUGAGGCCCCCUUUUGCAAGAGGGGGCCGGUACCUGGCAAUGGAAGUCCAUUAACUCAGGCCUCAGACUGUGGCAGUCCUAAGGCAGUUGGAACUCUGGCCUCAUCUCGAAGAUCUUCCUCAGAAGGGCUCUGCAAGGGCAAAAAGGCUGCUAGUGGCCCAGAGGCUGAUACCAGUUUCCCAAAUUCCAAGCCUCCACUUUUAUCAAAGUAUCCUUAUAGCUCCAGAAGCCAAGAGAACAUCCUUCAGGGCUUUUCAACCCCAAAUAAAGAAGGUGUUGACCAACCCGUAGCAGUUGUGAUGGAAGACAGCAGUCAGCAUGAGGCCCUUCGGUGCCGAGUCAUCAAGUCCAGUGGCAGAGAGAAGCCAGACUCAGAUGAUGAUGUGGAUGUGACAUCUCUUGUCACUGCCAAGCUGGUAAACACAACCAUUACUCCAGAGCCAGAACCCAAACACCAAUCCAACUCUAGGGAAAAAGCCAAAUCCCGAGGAGGACUUAAAACCUCCCUCUUUGAGAAUGAUAAAGAUGUUGGGACAGAAAAUGAAUCUAUGAAAACUGUCAGAGCCUCCACCAAUGCCACAGAGUUCCCAGAUGCCAAUGGUGCUGGGGUAAAAAGCCAACGGCCCUUCAGCCCCAGAGAGGCCUUGCGGUCUAGAGCCAUCAUCAAACCUGUCAUCAUUGAUAAGGAUGUGAAAAAAAUCAUGGGAGGAUCUGGAACUGAGGCCACAACGGAGAAGCAGAAAUCCACCUCCAAGCCAGGGCCAAACAAGGUGACAAGCAGCAUAACUAUCUACCCCUCUGACAGCAGCAACCCUAGAUCCACCCCAGGUGAGGCCCCGCGGGAGAGGCACACAUCCACCAGCAACAUCCAGGUGGGGCCAGCAGAGCUCACGUCAGUUAGCAACCACGUCAGCUCCCCCUUUGAGCUAUCCAUUCACAAACAUGACAUCGCCCUACAGUUCACAGAAGCUGAAAGAAUGGGAGAUGGACCCCUGAAGAACAGGCCAGAAACAGUGGUCUCUCGGAGCAGCAUUAUCAUCAAGCCAUCAGAUCCUGUGGAGAGAAAUAGCCAUGCACCCCCAGCGGAGACAAUCAGGUGGAAAAGCCAUAGUGCCCCUUCAGAAGUGGGCUCUUCAGAUGCCAGACAUGUUACUGUGCGGAACACCUGGAAGAGUAGGCGAGACUUGAACUCUUUAGAAGACCCCCCAACUCGAAUAGGUAGAAAUGUGGAAGCUACCAAUGCUUACACCCAGAGGGCCGCCACAGACUGUUCAGACCUUGGACAGUCCAGGUUGCACCUUGGUGAGCAGGGCACUCAAAGGGCAGGAAAUUCAGGGGAUGCCCCCGAGCUCGCCUCCAGAAGGACCCAGAGUAGUCUCACCGUGUCUGAGGUGCUCACUCGUCGGAAUCGGGUGGGAGACGCCGCCACGGCUGCAGCCUGGAACCACUCGACAGGCGCGGAGGAGGGGGACGACUGCACACUCGGUGUCCACAGGCGACUGCACAACUCCCUGGAGCGAUCUGAACUGCCUGCAAAGCAGGGGCCGCUGGAGCCUGGGCGAGCCCGGGCCGAGGAACGGUUACGGCCGGCCAGGCCCUGCGCUGAGGACAACUGAGCCGGCUGGGUGAGGUCUGCGGUCUCCUGUGCUCCUGCUUCUCUGCUCUCCUGCCUUCCUGCCCUAUGAAGGAUGCGAGGCCAGUUGACCAGGCUAGACUAGGCCGGGCCUUGGCUGGGAGACGCCGGCAGACCAGGCUAUGGCUCGGGUCGUCUUGCCAGUUGGCCAGAGGGAAUCAGAAACUACAAGCUGGACAAAGUCACCCAGGCCCAGCCUUCCCUGAUGCAUGAGUCCUCUCUCCUUGUUCUUGUCCCCAGGUCGGAUGGGCCCCUCUGGCCCCCGGGUGGGGAAAGAUACAGAAGCCCCUUGUAUCCUCACCACCCAGCAGCAGCUGAAAGCUCCUCUCUGCUCCUCGGGGGGGUUGGAGGGCAGCCCCUUCAGUGUGGUUAGUUUCUUAGUCUCCUCACCGCAUCGGUUCACUCCUUGUUUGCUCUAGGGGCCCAAGUACCCACGAGACUUAGCAGCCACCAGCUCCACCUGGGAGGCUUCCACUCCUUUCCCCUUUGGAGUUCCUCAGCCUGGGACAGCAGAAGAGGUCUGUGCUGCCUCUAAGAGACUAUAGGACCAAGCUGUAGGCUGAAGCUUCUCUGACAUAGCCCCCUGGCUGAUGCUUUCCUGGGGGCAGAGCACACGGGUACCCACCUAUUAGAAUGAUGUCCUAUUCCCCUCGCCCCCGGCUCUCUGCUCACCUUCCAAAGGCACCUGGAAGCGCAUAAGCCUCACGCAUCUCCUUUCCUGGGCACCAGUAAUGCUGCUGGCACUGCCCCGCUCCUCUCCUGUGGCGGGAGACUUCAGGCCAACUCCGUCAUUUCCGCCAUCAGAAUACUCCUGGACUGAACUGGGCCUGACCCAGCGUACUCUGCCUUCUAGAAAGGGCCCAGCAAGGGGGAAAGUGGGCAGGAAGAAGUGUUUCCCGUCACUCCACAAAGCAAUAUUUCCAUGAAAGGCAUGGACUUUGUCCCUCUUCCUUCAUCCCCUGUGGAGGAGGUCUCGCACUUUACCAAGCUGAUGCAUUCCUACAGAAGUGGGCCUUGGUUUCUGCAAACUGUCAUUACGAUGACUUCACUGGUGGAAAGGUAGUAAAUGCCCACUGAGGGCCCCAGGUUUAUACAGUGCAUAGUGCAGCAAACCUUUCAGGAAGCCACAUAAACAAAAAUUAAUUUCCUUAUACCAGUCACGGCAGGGGUGGGGGUGGGGGGUUAAAAAGAAACAUUUAUUCUUGGCACUGCUUUUUGGCUACCACUCUCAGUUCAAAGAAGGGAUCCCUCUUCAAUGGCUAGAUGCUGUUCCUUCGUAGUGAAAGAGCAUUACUAGGAGUCAGGAAGGCUGUAUGGCUCUGGGCAAGUCGCUGUCCCCUUGGGGCCUUAGUUUCCUUAGCUAUAAAACAAAUUCUUUGAAAUGGUCUCUGAGGGUCCUAAAUUUGGCAUUCUGGGAUUAUUCUGUUUACACUGUCCUGUGGGUGGGGAGGUGGUGAUUCUUUUAGAAGGUAGCAUCCAGAUGGGUUUGGGGAAGGUGUGCCCUCCCCCCCCUUUCCUGGGCCUUAUUUUUUCCACAUUUUAACAUGAGGAUGAACCAGGAGAAGCUCCCUUGGGCUUGUUCUUCUAGUCUGUAAGAUAAGAGAUUAGAUGGCUUCUGUAGCCCUUUCGGCGCCAGCCUUGCCCACUUGCCACACAGUGUCCCCUGGCUUUCAGGACACAAGUUGGCCAUCUCGUGUUGCUGUGCUUCAUGAGCCAUCUUCCCGGCCCACACUCCGUGUGGGAACCAGCUUUCACUCUGCCCGUGUCUGCCAUCAGACCCAGGGCACACCUGGCUUCCUUUCAGGGAUGGGAAUGUUUUUGUGCCUACUUCCAUUUUCUGGAGUUUUGCCAGUCUAAGAGCCUUGCCAUGUAGCUGAUCUUUUCUCCACAAUGCUGCCUCAGAUGCUCAGUUUAAGACGCUGUUUUCAAAAUAUCUUUCUGCUGCUUCUUCUGGAUCACUGGCCAGAAACUCACUUGCCUAAGGCUGCAACCUCACGUGUAGCCUCCCCUGCCAUUCUUCACUGGUUGGCAAUCUUGAGAGUCCAAAGGAGAUGGACCUUUGCAGGGGUCGUCUGAGGUUAUAGGAAACCAAGUCUGUGGCUCUUCUCUACUGGUGGAAACAAAAGGGUGCCAAGCCAUGCCUACAAAGAUUUCGCCAAUAAUUCUUGUCUUUGGGCGUUGGAGCCCUGGAUUCUGGUGCUGUAGCUCCUGGUGCCAAAGUCUGGAUCUUUCUGUGUUGCAGCAGCACCAACACCUGCCACUACCCAAAAUGCUCUGUGGAAGAGGGACAGCUGUGGAACCCUCUGGUCAGGGGCUGCUAUCUUAAAAUCUGAGUGCAAUAGGGUUUGAUUGUAACAAUUAUUUCAGGAUAAAUAUUAUGUUUCCUUAAUCUGCAUACUUUCUAGAACCAUUGUAAAAUAGAUUUUAUUUUUAAAUGUCCUCAGCAUUGCAGGAGAUACCUUUUUAAUAGCAAAUGAAGGCUGGAGGCUUCGUUCCUCUGGGUUUCGAAUGGCUGGCAAGGCUGGCUCUCAGAUUCCAAAGUUGGAAGGCACCUUUCUGAAAAGCAACCUCUGUGUGACCAUCUAGACCUCACUGUCAGGGGUCCUGGUGGAAAUUUCCACAUGAAGGGGAGACCUGGUAAUCAAAUAGCUGUCCACUCAACCAAGUACUCCCACUGUCCCUGCCAACAAACCUACUUUUCUGACAAACCUCUGCUGCAGUGUGGCUAUAACUCCAGGUUUCACCUGCAGGUGGACAGUUGUGGGAGGGCUUCCUAAUGAGCCCGUGGUUAGAGUAAUUGAGGUGGCUGAAUGCCAGAGGCCGGUCUCUCACCACUCUGGUAUGAAAAACCACUAGAGAGAAAGCUGCAGGGAUGGUAGGCAAAGAAGCCAUGGCUGUUUUUGCAUUGGAGUGGCAACGAAACAGCCUGGGUUGAAGGGAUCUGCAGUAGAGCCGACGACUCCAACCUCAGCCACAGGCGAGUCUGCACAGAAAUCCUGCGCCCCUCAUGGGGUGUGGGGAGGCUCUGUUGAUCUUGGACCUGUCAUCCUGGGGAAGUUUUAGUGCUUUACAUUUAGUGGGUUAGUGCCAAGUGCUACCACUUCCCAGUAAAAGUGCAGGGGCCAGCCUUGGGGUCCCUAGCCGCCUCUGUUGAUGUGGGGUUUGUUGUGGUCACUCUGACAGGACUGCUUUGGAAGAGCUGCUUUUAGGGAUUAUCUCUUGACUACCCCGGGUGGGGCUCAGGGUUCUCCUCAAAGCCUCACAACCAAGAUCAUAGGAAAGGAGCCCUAUUUUCCUGCUGCUUCACAGCUCAGAACAUGUAUUGAAUGGAAUGUAUUUUUAAGAGAAUAAAGUCUAUUUUUUUGUAUUUUAAAGAUUGGGAGGGCUGGGGAAGUAGCCCUCAAAAAACUGUUAAUGCAUUACAGGCCCCUUUGCAGGGGGGCGUCAGUAGCCGUCAGUCCACAUCUGCUUGUUCAGGCAGGUGCUCUGGUCUCACCCCUGCCCCCUUGGAGUCCAGGUGUGGCAGCUUCUACAUUCCCACUCCAAGCAUGGGACCGAGGAGGCCGGACCCUGUGGCUGGAAACCAGGGCGAAGCCAUGAGCAGUGACUCGGGGCUCCUUGGGUGCAUGUGUAUAGUGGAAGCUGCCUGUCUGCAUGUAUCCUCUGGCUCGAAUGCUGUCUGUUGGCUCCGCAGCACAAUAUGUAACCAAUAAAGCUCCCUAGUUUCCAUGG